AUGGGGACCCUUUUCCUCUGGCUUCUUCUUCUAUCGAGCCUGCUGGGCGCGCUGUGUCAGGAAGAUCUCGAAGGAAAAGCCUUUGUUUUCCCAUCGGCUUCGAAUUCGGCCUACGUGAGGUUGAAGCUGGACUUGCAGAACUCUCUGGAAAGCUUCACAUUGUGUGAGAGGUUCCAGACAGACUUGAUACGUCCAUUUGCCCUCUUCUCAUACGCCACCGAGAGUGAGGACAAUGAGUUCUUGCUCCACUGCGAUAGGCCAAACAUCUUCAGCAUCUUCAUGAAACAGGGGGUUAUCACCUUCGACGUCUCCAAAAAACCAGUAUCUUCCACCGGCAAGGAGCACAUCUGUUUCAGCUGGGAGUCCGAAACAGGGUUGGCAACUUUAUGGUGGAACGGGAAACUCUUAUCUCGGAAAUCGAUCAUGAAAGAUCUAGUUGUCCAUGGCAAUGCCUCCAUCAUCUUGGGACAGGAACAAGACUCCUUUGGAGGUCAGUUUGAUGUCAACCAGUCCUUUGUGGGAGAGAUUGAAGAUGUCUACUUCUGGGGCCGGGUCCUGGAACCUGAGGAAAUAUGUCGCGUGUGGAACAAUCGUGUGGUUUCACGUCCUCUCAUCAACUGGCGAGAGCUACAUUAUGAAAGCCACGGAGAAGUUAUUCUGGCACGUUCCAGCACCUGUGCUUGCCGUAGUGAGUGUGUUUGGUCACCCAUGCAUGUCAUGAAAAAUUAGCAAAUUGCCUUAAACACCGCCUAACCCGUUCCCGCCCGAGUGAUUCAGUCCACAGGGCGACAACAAUCUCCCAUCUUUCUGUUGUGAAAUACACCAGCUUGAAUACCAU